AUGCGCCGUGGCAGUCCACCGCAGGCGGUUGGCGUCCGCCUCAACCCCAGUCCCGCCGCUGCCAUGCCGAGUGGCGAGUUGUCGUCUGCCUCGUCGACGAGCGCCAACGCCGGCGGCCUCUCGUCGGCACCCGUUCCGGCGGGAGCCAAGGAGAGGGCCCAAAACGGCAAGAAGGCUGCCUUAACCCGCGGCGGCAUCCUCGGCUGCGUGAGGCAGCGAAUCUUUGCCGAGAUGCUUGACCCUGUGGAGGGUAACUACAAUAUAGUGGUGUGCGACAACAAGGGAGCCGAGAUCCUCAGCACAUGCGUGCGCAUGCACGACUUGAUGGACCACGGCGUGACUCUCGUCGAGGAUCUCGGCAUGCCACGUCAGCCGGUGCUCAGCAGCGCCGCCAUCUACCUCAUCGAGCCCACCGAGGAGUCCGUGCGCCGAGUGAUGAAUGACUGGCAGGUGAAGAACAUGUACCGCGAGGCGCACGUCUUCUUCACCUCGUCUUCGUCGGAGCGACUCCUUCAUAUCAUGGCCACGGAGCCGCGCCUCGUACACGCCAUCAAGACGUUGAAGGACAUGCUGCUCGACUUUUCGGUUCCGGAGAGCUUACUCUUCAACUUCUGCAUGCACAGCGACAUCCAGAGACUCUUCCCACCCGACGUGGCCCUCUCCGGAGGGUGCCAGAACAUCCUCAGCGAGGUCGCCACACAGCUGGUGUCUGUCUUCUUCACCAUUGGCGCCGGCGUACCAACGGUGCAGUACCAGGGCAACAGCCAACUAGCGCAGCAGGUGGCGCGCAUCUUCGUUGACCAGGCCGCACAAGCAUCGCGCACUAACCCGGCCAUGUUCCGCAUGUCCAGCGCCGCGACGCCAUGUGGCGGGGGCGCGGCAGACGAGUCCCCGCUGCUCAUCCUCGUAGACCGCUCCUUCGACGCCGUGGAGCCGCUCAUGCACGAACGCACAUACCAAUGCCUGCUGAACGACCUCAUGCCUAUCGAGAACAACAUCUACGAGCAGACCUACGAGGGUCGCUCCGGGCAGGAGGCAACGCGCAGCUGCCCGAUCGACGAGCAUGACCCGUAUUGGUGCCAGUACCGCCACAAGUUCUUCCCUGUCUGCCUCCUCGAGUUCCCGAAGAAACUGCAGAGCUUGAUGGCGGCCAACCCGAACCUUGUGGCGGGCAUGAAAAGACUGAACAGCGGGUACGGGGCGGGAAGCAAGCUCGUUGAUGUCGGCAGCGCCAUUCGUGCCCUGCCGGAGUUUCAGGAACAGCAGGCGAAGAUCUCCCUGCACAUCGACAUCUGCACCAAGAUCAUGGACCGCUACAGGCAGCAGAAAUUGGCCGAGGUGUGCGAGGUGGAGCAGGACGUCGCCACCGGGUGCCGACCGUUCAAGGAGCUGUAUGACAACAUCCACCGCCUGGCGGCGGACGUCUCUCUGCCGCUUGGUGUGCGGGUGCGUCUUACUCUGCUGCUGAUCGCCGGCACAAACACGCGCGAGUUCUCUGAGGCGAAGAAACUUAUGCUCCUGCAGGAGACCGGGCUCAGUAGCGAGGCCAACCGCUGCAACUCCUUUUCCAUGUUCAUCUCGCGAACGGGUCAGCUGCCGCAGGAAGCGACAGCGCAGGGCACCAACAACGAUGCGAGCAACGGCGGCGGCUGCAACGACGGAAACGGCAAGAACCCCACUGGCACCCUCGCGCACCGCUCUCUGCGCAUAAACCGCACGGGUGUCCAGGACGUGAGUGGCUCGCCAGGCGGCAACGCGCAGGUGAACGCGGCUAACCAAAACGAGGAAAACUCGAGUAGCCCAGCGGCGGACCCGUACCGAAACCAGGCAUACUUGAUACUCCGUGCCGCCGCGAACAACACACUCUGCGCCUCGGACUUCCCCAUCUUCCGCACCAGCUUCGGUGGUGGGCGUGGUGGCAGCCUUCGUGGAGCACUGCAGCAGCGACGCGCGCUUCGCGUUGCUGGCGGUGACAGCGAGGGUAUCGAGUUUGGCGGCCUUGCCGGUGUGAACGGCAAGCUGACACUCGAUCUUGGCCACGAGGGACAGUUCGCGCUGAAGACAAGACGCCGCAUUGUACUGUUCGUGUUGGGUGGCGUAACGUACGGUGAGGUCCGUGCCGCGUACGAGAUUGCGCAGACCGCGCAUGUGGAGGUGUUUGUGGGUGGCACGUCGCUCCUGACUCCAGAUCGAUUCCUGUCUAGUCUGAACUCCUUGCGUUAG